AUGCUUAUUACGACGCAGACUAAGGGCCACUCGCUGCCUUACCUGGCGCUCCUGCUGGUCUUGCUGCCGCCACUCGUCGUUAGCCGUGUUUCUAAGCAGCGGUCCGUUAAUGAAGCCUCGAUCGUGGAAAAACUGGCGCAGUCCGGCCGGGGAUUGACGAUCGACUCGUCGCUAAUUGCUCAGCAGGAAGAGCAGCCGGCCGUUGAUUACAAGCCGAGGUUGCCGAGGUCGCCGGCGGUGGCCCACCAGCAGUCCACCAACACUGCGGCCGCCAAGCGUGACCUGCACUACAAGCAGCUCAGGCGGGCCCGAGGCGCCAGGGAUUCCUACAGGACGAUGAUCGUUCGGGACGUGAACGCGUUGAACGAGAAGAGGGCGCAGGGCAGCUUCCUUCCCGGCCAGAUCAACGGCCUGAACGAGGAGUCGCUGGUUCCCGACGCGAAGAACUCCAGAGCUUUCCUGCCGCCCAAGAUCGUCUACGGGGAGACGUCUCAACUGCCCGCGCCGUUCGUACGAGCAGGACAGCAGGAGCGCGGACGGGCUUUCGCGCUGGCCAACUUCCUGCUGAAGAACAGAGAACCGAUGAGUCCCAGGAGCUUCGGCUUCCAGAAGGACGCGAAGGACAUAGCCGAGGAAACUUCGUCGAGCGAGAAAUUGACGGACCAGUCGGUUCUGACUCCGCUGACGACGAAGGUCAUCAACGACGAGGUGAUGAACGAAGGCUACGCGCUGUUCCACAGAAUCGUCGAAGAAGGUGCCGUGGAUCCCUCGCAGAGCUUCGACGUCAACUCCGUCGCCGACGAGGACGAGGAGGUGGAAGUUGCUCCUAAGGCAGAGGCGUCUUCCAAUUACGAGGAGUACGACAGCAAUGCCGGGGAGACGUUCGACCGUUUCAAGGACGACGCGAUAUCGGAGGACAGCAGGUACGAGUUCGGCUACAGGGUAAUCGAUCACGGGGCGGGCAGUGACUUCGGACACGAGGAGAGUCACCGCGUGCCGGGGGAGACCAACGGACGCUACCAUGUGCUGCUGCCAGACGGCCGAGUGCAGCGGGUCGAGUACUACGCCGACGAUACCGGCUAUCACGCGGACAUCAGCUACGCCAGAAGCGACGACGAGGAGUCUCAUCAGAAGCGUCAGUGAAUUGAGCGAAAAAUCGCACUUUUCAUCGAGUUCUCGUCAUGUAUGUGUGUGUGUGUGUGUGUAUGUGUGUGUGCGUGUGUGUACGAUUUACAGUCUACGCGGGCGAUCAAUCAUCGCGUGUACACACGCGAACGCGUCGAUUUUUCGCAACCCGGCGACUCGAGUAAUUAACAACGUAUUACGGUUUUGCUCGCGCGCGCGAGAACUUAUCCCACAAAAAGUGCGCGCUCUGUGUGUAUGCGGCAAUAAGAAGACGCGGAAGGAGAUACGCGCGCGAGCGGCAGCGGUGAUAUUUCGACAUCGCCGAAUGGAGGAGACGCGCUCGCGAGCGUUACGUAAAAAGAAGCACAGAAGACGCUGAAUGUGUAUACACGUGUGUGUGUGUGUGUGUGUGUGUGUGUGGGGGAGAUGAACUUCAUGAUUGCAGUUUUAGACUGAUUAGCACAGCAAAUGAGAAACAAGAAUUCUCACGGGAUCUGGCGUUUUCAAUCUUAUGGGAGAGCAGCGUCGCGUAACGUGUAUUUAUAAAAUUAGGCAAAAAUCCAGCUGCGACGACGCUUAUUGAAUAACUCGAACACCGAGAAAGUUAAGCAGUCAUAGAUUCGAAAAAAAACAAGGAAUUCGACGCAUCCGUUUCUCUCUCGGCGCUCGCGUCCCGCAUCGGGAAUGAGGCUUCAUUCGUCAGUUCCCGAUCACCCGGUGUAUCCAUCCCAUAUAGGGUAAGACGAAGGUAUAUAUUCGCUGAAAUUCGAAAAGCGUCUUCCCGACUGACGCCUCGGUAUAUUUCACGCGCGGAUAAGACAGAGUCGCGCUGCGCAGGCUAAGGGCAGCUGCAAUUUCCAAGGCGAUGCACGAUCGGCCGUUAUGCGCCGGGCAAAUUCAUUUUCUACGUGUAACGAGCACGCGCGCGCGCGCGCCAACCUGGGCUAUAUCCUAGAACGAGAGCGGCGGAGGCUGAUGCCGUAUAGCCGCGCGAGAUUAUCUGAUACGCGGGUAUAAGGGACUAGCGUAUGUGGAGCUCGAGGGAAAGGACGCGAAAAUCUCACCCGCAGAGAGGGAGAGUGGACCCUUUUACGCUGUGGGAUUAAGUUUUGACGAUGAUUAAUAUUGGAUUUGACUAAUUAAAAUUUUUUCCCUCCCAACCGUUAUCCGCUACGAAAAGUAAUUAGGGCGACGAGUGAUCAACGCCGUCGGCUUUAAUUAACGCGAGCGCCGGGCUUUUUACGUUUUUCGGUAUAUUGUGAAAUAUUUCGCACUGAAUGCGUUAUACUUUUCGGAAGUUGAAUAGUAAUAAUAAUAAUACAGCUAGCGGACAAACGCGAACAUUGCCAAACGUAUACGUAUUAUACAUACGCGCUAGUUAAAAAGUCGUUAAAAUCGUGUAGACUCGAGGCAGUCGGAGAACGUGAUAUCAAAUGCUCAUCAGGCGUCAAAGCUGCUCUGACAUAAGCGCGCGACAUCAGAACAACACACAUAUCGUGUGUAGUCGGGACGCCGAUCUCGCGGCAAAAACACAAAGCGUCCUGCCUUUCAUAAUCGGCCUGAGUAUACAAGCAUAGACGCGCGGCGGCGUGAGAAGAUAGCGCGGACGUUAUCUCAGUCACGAAGUCGGAGAGCUGCAUCUCUUUACGUCCAAUUUCCCGUCCCUCUCGGCCAGACGAUCAUCUUUGCGUCUCGAUUUGUACGGAUGAAGCGAGAUGGAACAAGAUUGGGAACGCUCGAUUAACCCGUAUCAUCGUCCCCCCCCCCCCUCCCUCCCCCCACACACACAUACUCGCUCGCGCGAAGUUGACAAAAGUCCAGGAGUUUAGAAGCGCGUCGGACUGGCGCGUAAGUAAGCAGGAAACAAUUUAAUCACGAUCGACGCUAAGCGCCCGGGCUAUCCUGUAAUUGACGUUAUCUAUGAGUCGCAGGAAAGAUUAAUUAAAGCUUAAGCGUCCAAGUUAAUUAUUGUUAGUUAAGUAGACGUGUCCCCGGCUGCUGCUGCUGCUAAGCUUUUGCUCACCCUCUCCCUCUCUCUCUCGUUGCCGCCGGCAAAACUUCCGCGAUUUGUAAAGUGUCGGGAGGGGCGCUAGCUAGCGAAGCUCUACCUGGCAAAGUUUUAAUUGACGGCAACUUACGUAAGGCACGCGGCUGGCUGGCCAGUUUUGCCGGGGCGGAUUUCGGAUUUUGCGCGCCCGAGUGCAGUGCCGCUCUCUCGCGCCAGCUGAGAUUCUCGCUCGAACGCCCAGCUGGAAGGGAGGGAGAGAAAAACAAGCUUCGAAAGCUGCGCACACCAAGGCGUCUUUGUGCUUCGGCUAUGGAUCAACUUAGAGGCGUGACGCGUAAUGGUCUUAUUGACUUGCGAGGAGCCGCUUCGAGCUGUUGUACACUCUUGAGUUUUAAGUUUUUGUAAAUAACUAUUGUUUUCUUCUUUUUUCCUUAGGUUUCGUAAGUGUUUUUUACUUUUUGUACGCAACUUUUUGUAUUUUAUUUUAAUAAAUAAACAGAUUCGAAAACGUCGUCCUAUUUUACAUUUCCAUCAGCUCGUGCGAGGCGUCGACCCAGCAGUCUACCUAUA